AUGGCACCUCCAAAACCUUCUGGUAAAGGAGCGAAGAAAGCUGUGAAGUCGACGAAAGCUGUGCGUACUACCGACAAGAAGCGAAGGAAGACGCGAAAGGAAUCAUACUCGGUCUACAUCUACCGUGUUCUCAAACAAGUCCAUCCGGACACUGGGAUUUCCUCAAAGGCAAUGAGCAUCAUGAACUCGUUUGUCAACGACGUUUUUGAGCGAAUUGCUGCUGAGGCCUCGCGUCUUGCGCAUUACAACAAGCGCUCCACCAUUUCUUCUCGUGAGGUGCAAACGGCCGUUCGUCUGAUUCUGCCUGGAGAGCUGGCAAAGCACGCAGUUUCUGAAGGAACAAAGGCGGUGACGAAGUACACUUCGUCAAAGUGA